UACUUACCUGUCAAAGUGCCAGGCAUAUCCAUGAAGUGGACAAGUUUAACAUAACGUCACGGAGAGUGUUCGGCUAUGUUUGGAUAUGUAGUUUAAUUAUCCCUAUUCCGAGAAAUACGGUAUUCCACUUCCUUGUCGGAAACAUGUCCUGAUGUAAAACAGAGAAAGAUGACAGCAAAGGAUUAUAUCAAAGACAAAAUCAGAGCAGUAGGGGACGCCCCUAAAGGACUUACUUGGUCCUUCUGCUUUCUUGUGGUUAUUUUGAUUUUUUUCUUGACCGGGUUUUGUUCCGACUCCUGGUUAGAAUCGUCAAUCGUUUUAAGUGGAUAUGAUUACAGUUCUCAGGGUCUGUGGAAGUUUUGCUAUGGAACACUUGGUGCAACCUGUUGUGGCUAUAUCAAUGAUGUUAUGUAUAUUGAACUCAUUAUGGUUCUAGCUUUCCUCCACGCUACUCGAGCCUUCCUUGUCAUGAGCUUGAUACCACAAGGUAUUUGCCUAUUGGGAAUAUGUAAUGGAAUAUUUAGUAGAAGUUAUUCCUUCACCACAUCCCUCGUCGGAAUCAAUGCUGCCAUUGCAGCUUUCCUCAUCACGCUUGCUAUCAUCAUAUAUGGUGCAGCUUCCCAAGACGAGGAGUCCACGAGUCUCUACAGUCUGUCCUGGUCCUACGCUCUCUGUGUGAUCAGUGGACUGGCCUACAUGCCUUUCUGUUGCUUUAUUUGUUUGACAGGUGAUUAGGCAUGUACCUUUCUGUUGUUAUAUUUGUUGCUGACACAUGAGAAACAAUAUGAUAUUCACCUAUCAAUGAAGUAUGUGGUUACUGAUGUGGUUUCUACAAACAGUGAAUGUACUUUAUCAAAUGAGACGAUUUUUCCUUUUCUAAUUUGCCCUUUUCAUACAUGUACACACGAAUGAAUGUCUAUAAUCGUUGUAUAUACCCAAAGUGUUUUGGAAUUCGCCGGGCUUUCAUACCACUAUUUUUUUUUUUACGUAGGUAUUAGAAUUCAUAUUACAAUUGCACAGGAAAUAACCAGAUGUACAUCCGUCCUUUUUAAAAUUCAGCACACAGUGUUCAUUUUGCUAUUAUUGUUGAUUAUCUCAUUGAAUUUACACCUAAUAAGAACAAGGUGAUAAAUGACUACUGUGCACUA